AUGAUUACGAUUGCGAUUAUGAUUAUGACUGUGAUCAUGAUUGUGAUUAUGAUCAUGAUGAUAAUGAUUAUCAUUAUUACGAUUACGAUUAUGGUUAUUGUUAUGAUGAUUAUGAUUACGAUGAUUAUGACUACGAUCAUUAUGAUUACGAUUAUGAUGAUUAUAAUUACGAUUAUGGUGAUUAUGAUUGACUAUGACGAUCAUGACUAUGAUGAUUAUGAUUGA